UAUAGUAGUACUAGUCAGAGGUCUAGAGAUAAAAGUUUAUCACUUGGGUGUACUUUUACAGUUUGUCAUACUGACACUGUACCAACCAAGAACCAAAGUCUGAGUGCAUAUUGCGGAUGACCCAUCAAACAUAGAGAGAGGGAGAGAAGAAAGCUGGAGAGCGUAGUGAGAGAAAGAAUGGGGUGAAUGUGGAAAUUUAGCAGCUGGGGUGGUUUUCUUGACAACAGCUGCUGAUCAAGACUCUGUUUCCUUCCUUUUUCUUUUGAUUUCUUUCAUUGAUUAGCAUAGAGGUGCAGCAAUCAUUUUCUGCAUUUGCAACUGGUUUCUGACCAAGCAGGUGUGAGACAUUGUCCGUUCAGCUUAGUGUUCUAGUUACUGGCCUGGACAGAGGGCCUCUUAUUGUGUUACUGGUGUAAGGAUCAGGUUUCUACAAGGUCGGAGGUAGUUGAGUUUCUGUUCUUUGCUGGAGUUAUGGCAACCUUAACACAUUCUGAAACCAGACGGUUGUACUCUUGGUGGUGGGAUAGUCACAUCAGCCCAAAGAACUCUAAAUGGCUCCAAGAAAAUCUCACAGAUAUGGAUGCCAAAGUCAAAUCCAUGAUCAAGCUAAUUGAAGAAGAUGCAGACUCAUUUGCAAGACGGGCAGAAAUGUACUACAAAAAACGGCCCGAGUUGAUGAAAUUGGUUGAGGAAUUCUACCGCGCAUACCGUGCCUUAGCUGAAAGAUAUGAUCAUGCAACAGCAGAACUCCGGCAUGCCCAUCGCACAAUCGCAAAAGCGUUUCCUGACCAUGUACCUUUCGAACUGGUUGAAAAUUCACCUUCGAAGCCUUUGGCACAAGACAAGGAGCCCAACACGCCAGAAAUGAAAUUUCCUGUGCGUGCUUUAUUUGACAGAGACGACUUGCUUGAUGAUGCACAGGAGCUUUCUGACUCCGACGCACAUUCCACAAUUACGAUGGUGUCUCAUAAAGAAGAUUCAGAAGAUGGAAUGAAGAGGAGGAGUUUGAAGAAAUUACAUGGGAAGUUAGGGGACAAAGAAGCAGCAGCCCAAAGUUCAAGAUCUGUUGGAGGAAGGGUCAGGAAAGGCUUGAAGAAGGAAAAAGAGAAUGAAGAAAGCUUUAGUGAUGAAGUGCUCCAAUUGUCAAAUGAAAAUCAGAAUCUUGAAGAGAUGGUUCUUCAGGAAACAGAAAGAGAGGGAAAAGCUGAGAGUGAAGUUGAAGGCUUAAGGCAAGCUCUUGCUGAUGUGCAAACUGAAAAGGAAAGUGUGCUCCUCCAGUAUCAACAGUGUCUGGCUAAACUAUCUAAUAUGGAGGGAGAGCUCAAUAAUGCGCAAAAGGAUUCAACAAGGCUCAAUGACGAGGCCAGCCGAGCUGAAAUUGAAGUCCAGACACUGAAGGAAACCCUCAUUCAGUUAGAGGCUGAGAAAAAUGCUGGACUGAUCAAACACAAGGAGUAUCUGGAGAAGAUAUGUAAUCUGGAGGCUAUGCUUUCUCAAGUCCAAGAAGACAAGAAAGGACUUAACGUAAGAGCCGUAGAAGCAGAAAGUGAAGCUCAAACUAUGAAAGAUGAGAUUUCAAGAUUAGAGCUCGAGAAGGAAACGGUUCUUCAUCAGUACAACGAGUGUCUUGGCAAACUUUCAGUUCUACAGAAUGUAAUCUCAGUUAUUGAAAAUGAGGCAAAACUGCUUAAGAAGAGAGCAGAAAGUGCUGAAAAUGAAGUCUCCGAACUUAAAAAGUCUGUUGCUGAUCUGAACAAGGAGAAAGAAGCUUCUGCACUCCAGUACAAAUGCUGCUUGGAGACUAUAUCGAAGCUCAAGAAAGAUAUAUCCAGUGCUAAAGAAGAUGUAAAGCGCCUUAACAACGAUAUUUUGAUUGGAAGUUUAAAACUUAAGACUGCUGAAGAGAAGUGUACCCUGUUGGAGAUGUCGAAUUUGUCACUGCGAGUUGAGGCAGAUAAUCUUGCAAAGAAGAUUGCUAUGAAAGAUCAAGAACUUUCAGAGAAGCAGGAGGAGUUGGAAAACCUUCAGACUUGUAUGCAAGGUGAGCACUUGCGCCAUGCACAAAUUGAGGCCACUCUCCAGACCCUGCAAAAUUUGCACUCUCAAUCUCAAGAUGAUCAAAGAGCUAUGGCACUGGAGCUCAGAAACGUGCUUCAAAUGCUCAAAGACAUGGAAGCAAGCAAACAUGGCUUGGAAGAGGAAAUGCAGCAGGUUCGGGAUCAAAAUCAGAGUUUGAGUCAAUCGAACUUGUCUUCAGCUGUUUCCAUGGAGAACAUGCAAAAUGAAAUACUUGGCUUAAGGGAGAUAAAGGAGAGACUUGAAAAAGAAGUUUCAUACCAUAAUGAUCUAAAAAAGGCUUGAAUAAGAGCUACCAGGCUUUAGUUGAGCAAGUGGAAGCAGCAGGUCUGAAACCAGAGUGUUUGGGGACUUCCAUGAAGAGCUUGCAGACCGAGAACUCAAAGCUGAGACAAUUACAUGAGCAGGACAGCAAUGAGAAAGAAAUUAUGGCAAAAAAGCUGGAAAGCAUGCAAGAACUUUUGAAGAAAAAGGUUUCUGUAGAAAGCUCGCUAUCAGACUUGAAUAGUGAGCUGGAGAGCUCAAGAGAAAAGGUCAAAACACUACUAGAGUCUUGCCAAUUUCUCCAUGGAGAUAAAGUCACACUUAUUGCUGAGAAGGAUUCUCUUCUGUCUCAGUUACAGGUUAUAACUGAGAAUAUGCACAAGCUAUUGGAGAAAAAUGCUGUUCUUGAGAACUCUCUGUCUACUGCAAAAGUUGAGCUUGAAGGUUUGAGGGAAAAAUCAAAGGGAUUACAAGAGAUCUGUGAAUUGCUUAAGAAUGAAAGGUCCUAUCUUUUGACUGAAAGAGGCUCCAUGGCUCUUAAGUUGGAAAAUGUUGAGAGAAAACUUGAAAGCCUGGAGAAAAGAUAUGUGGGGCUGGAAGAAAAAUAUGCUGACCUAGAGAAGGAAAAGGAAGCCGCCUACUGUCAGGUUGAAGAACUCAAGGUUUCCUUGAGUGUGGAGAAGCAAGAACGAACAAGCACCAAGUUCCAAAGUGAGACCAGGUUGGCUGGACUAGAAAACCAGAUUCAUUUCCUUCAAGAACACAUCAGAUUGAGGAAGAAGGAAUAUGAAGAAGAACUGGACAAAUCUCUAAAGGCUCAGUUUGAGAUAUCCAUCUUGCAGAAAUUCAUAAAAGACAUGGAAGAAAAGAAUUACUCUCUUAUUAUUGAGUGUCAAAAGCAUGUGGAGGCAUCCAAAUUGGCUGAGAAGCUGAUUUCAGAGCUGGAGAGUGAAAGUCUUGAACAGCAGGUAGAAGCUGAACUCAUGUUGGAUGAAAUUGAAAGACUGAAACUGGGCAUAUACCAGGUUUCCAGGGCCCUUGAAAUUGGUUCCAAUUGUGCUCCUGAGGACACUAUUGAGAAUGAACAGGCUGUUGUGCAUCAUAUUUUAGGAAUUAUUGAAGACAUGAAAUGUUCUAUCUCAAAACAUGAGGAUGAUAAACAGCUGCUCUUGCUUGAGAACUCAGUUCUGCUAACUCUACUUGAGCAGUUGGAGUCGAAGGGGACGGAAAUAGAGUCGCAGAAGAUAUACUUGGAGCAGGAGUUCAAAGCCAUGGCAGAGAAGCUUGCCGUGGUGAAAAAUGAGAAAGAAAAGCUCCUAGACUUGAACAGGAAAUUGAAAUCAGAUGUGAGUGGGAGUUAUCAGCAUGCUGCCAUACUUGAGGCUGAAUUGGAGAGUCUUUGUAGCAGACAAGCUGAUUUGCGUAAAGCUUACAAUGCAUUAGAGGGAGCAUACUUGCAAGCAAAUCAGGAUAACAGAAGUUUACUGAAGAAGUUUUCUGAUCUAGAGGAGGAGAAAUUCCAGUUAGAUCAGUAUAACGAUGCUGCUCUCCUGGAAUAUCUGGCAACUGCUAGCCAAUCAGAAACUUUUAGGAGCUUUGGGGAGGAGAAACUUACAGAACUGAACUUACUUCUUGAAGAUCUGAACAGACAACAUGAAAUCAACAGUAGGCUUGAAAGGGAAAUGGGUAUAUUGACAGAGAAGUUGGAGUUGCAAAAAGCGGAAAAGAUAAUACUAAAAGAUGCUGUUCACAGAUUGGAAAGCGAGAUGCAAGGGAUCAGAGAAUAUAAUGUUCGGAUGAAGAAGGAUAUUAUAAUUGGUAAGGAAUGUUUGCUUGAAACGGAAGGAAAGCUCCUGAAUGCAGAAGCAAAACUUGAAGGUGCUGAAAAUUUGAACUUAAAGUUGGGCAGGAUGGUCGAUGAACUGAAGACUGAUAUUCAAGAAUCAAUGCAGAUAAGGGAAAAUCUAGAAAAGAACACACUCCAGCUGUCUGAAAAUAAUUCCAUUAAUAAGAAGGAAAUUGAGAGCCUUCAUAUAAUUAACACAAACUUACAGUCUGAACUUGGCCUACUUCGUGAAGAAAUUGAAGAAAAAGCAAUCAGAGAGCAGACUCUAAGUUCAAUACUCCAGGAGAAGAACAAUGAGUUUGAACUAUGGGAGGCAGAAGCUACAGCAUUUUAUUUUGAUCUUCAGGUCUCCUCCAUCCAUGAAGUUUUCUUCCAAAAUAAGGUGCUGGAGCUUGCUGGGGUAUGUCAGACUCUUGAGAAUGAAAAUGCUUCAAAAACAUUGGAGAUUGAGGAAAUGAAAGGGAAAAUUUGUCUGAUGGAGGGUGAUAUUAGCGGGUUAAAAUCGCAGCUAUAUGCGUAUGCUCCACUAGUAGCUGCCCUAAGAGAUGAUAUAACCCGCCUUGAGCAUAAUGCACUUCUUCAGACAAAGCUUAAAGCAUCACGUAAUCAGGAGUCUGAGAUUUUGGAAGUUGCUGCUGAUCCCAGUAGAAGUACUUCUGCAGUGCUUCAGGAAGAUCAAUCCUUUGUUAGCUUGCAGAACUUGCAGAUGAGAAUUAAAGCAGUUGGCAAGUUGAUGGAAGAAAUGAACAAACCCCUAUUGCAUCGAAGAUCAAACUCCAAUAGCAAACAAGAACCUGCAAAGGGUGAAAUUGAGCAGUUAAAAUCCCGUCUUUGCUUGGGCAGAGACAAACACGACCACAGCAGAAAGAAAGGAUAUGCAAAUGAACUCAGUGAUACUCCCAAGUUGCACAAAAUAAAAACCAAAGCCUCUGAAGCUCGGAACGGGAUGCUAAUGAAGGAUAUUCCUCUUGAUCAAGUCUCUGACCGCUCACUACAUGGAAGACGCAAGAGAAGCAACGCUGGAGCAGAUGAUCAGAUGCUCGAGCUAUGGGAAACUGCUGAAGACAGCCGAAGAGAUCUAACAAUUGGCGAGUCGCUAAGGAUGUCAUACAAAUUGAGUGAAAAGGAUAUACUUUACGAUCAAUUUGAAAAUGUAAAGCGUAAGUCUGAGACUCCCUCCACAGAUUCAGAUGUCGAGAAAGAGUUGGGUGUGGAUAAGUUGAUGCUAUCAACAAGACGUUCUGAGCCCAACAGAGAAGUGAAUGUUAGAAGGGUCCUGGAAAGACUUGCCUCUGAUGCUGAGAAACUGGAAACUCUUCAGACAGCAGUAGAGAACUUGAGAAGGAAACUGGAGACAAACAAAAAGAGUAGAAAGGCUAAGAAUGUUGAUUUUGAAACAGUUCAAGAACAGUUACUAGAAGCAGAGGAAGCUGUUGUGAAUCUAAUGGAUUUAAAUGGCCAGCUGGCAAAGAACAUAGAAGAGUGCGCUUCUCCUGACGGAAAGGCAUCGCCACAGCUGAAAGAGGCGAUGAAAACACGUAGAAGGAAAGUCAUAGAACAGGCAAGAAAAGGGUCUGAAAGGAUUGGCAGAUUGCAGUUAGAGCUUCAGAAAAUUCAGUACAUGUUGUUGAAGCUGGAGGAUGAAAAGAAAAACAAAGGGAGAAGCAGAUUUUUAAGGAGUAAAACGAUUGUUCUGAGAGACUUCAUCCGCAAUAGAAGGACUAACAGCGGAAGACGUAAGAAGGGUCCUCUUUGUGCAUGUUUUAGGCCAUCAACUAGUAGAAAUGGGCGCAGCCCUUGAGUUUUUCGCUACUGUUUUUGGAAUGGUAAUUGCAUUAUGUUAAUAGGACAACACCGAUCUCCUUAGUGUAGAGGAGCUGCAAGAAUUAGACUUUAUCUAAUUCCAAUUGUCUGCUUCUGUUAUUACAAAUUUUCAACUAAAUCUGUUGGUAUUAUAUCAAUAAUUUACAUGCAAAAAACAUGCGCUAUGCAA